CGGGCAGUACAGUGGACGCGGGUCAGGAGCUCGUGGCGCUGGGCGCGUGCGGCGCACUGGGCGCACUGGCGUGCUGCAUGCCGGCCACCGGCUCCUUCACGCGCACCGCGCUCAACCACGCGUGCGGAGUGCUCACGCCCGCCGGCUCCUUCUUCAAAGCGUGCCUUGUGCUUCUGGCGGUGACGUUGUUAACUGAUGCAUUUUACUUCAUCCCACGUGCGGCUCUAGCCGGUAUCAUCAUGGUCGCAAUGAUGUCUAUCAUCGACUUCUCUAUUGUUAAGAUCCUGUGGAUGAACAGCAAAUGCGAGCUGGGUGUGUGGGCGGUAACGGUGUGCGUGGGCGCGUGCGCGGGGCUGGAGCUGGGCAUCGCGGCUGGCGCGGUUGCGGACCUGCUCCGUGCGCUCGCUCGCGCUUCGCGUCCGCACCUGCCCGCCUCACAGCACAAUAAUAAGUGCGUGCGAGUGCGCGUGCCGGCGCGCCUGCAGUGGUGCGCGGGCGCGCGCGUGUCUCGCCGCCUGCGCGCGCUGGCCGCCGCGUCGCCGCUGCUGGUACUAGACGCCGCCGAUUUACACCACAUCGAUUUCAACGUCGCUGAGGAGAUAAUUUCUGUGAUAUUAGAUUUAGAGAAGCAAGGUCACAAGAUCAUUCUUUGGAACUUCAACGCGAAGCAUCAACAGCUCUUCGAACAAUUGCACCCAGCCAUGAGGGAGAGGUUUUACACCGGGAUCAGUAUAGAACAAGAAGUCUUGGGUGUGGAGAUUUUUGAGCAGGCAAGUAUACCUGAUCCUAUAUCUACUAAUCUUUAG